AAGCCCUUGGACUUGCGUGUUACCGAAUGCACCGAUCCAUGGAGCACUACUUGAAUUCAAAAGUUGGAAUUCGGUGGUAGCGGCAGUAGGGAUGGUGGGAGCAAGCCAUGUCGAUUGUUUCGAACUUCAUACAAUCAUGACCUAGCCAAUUGCAAAGUUGGGAUUGGGGGACCUAUGUCAAACCCGAAGCCAACGUGCCACAAAUUGUAAUGGAUUAGAUCGCCUACCAUCAUUACUACCAAUAGAGGUCGAAUUCGAAAACGAUUAAAUAGUGCAUAGAUGUUGUACCAUUAAAAACUAUUCGAAGUCAACAUAUGAAGAUGGAGUUUGGAAGAUAAAAUUCCUGCAAGAUUUUCGGAGAUAAAUUGGUGGUAAGUAAUGGAUGAUAUAAAUUGUUUUUUUAGUAUAAGAUGAAAUCAGUUGAUUAAAAUUAAAACCGUCUCGAAAGAAUCUACUGGUACAAUGAAUCAUUUUGAGAUCGCAUGCCUCUUAAUGCGUCGUUACACUUGAAAGUUCGGUGAAUCCCGUACUAGAUACAGUAUGCACUUCGUCUGUAGAGACAAAUGCGAAUUUCUCAUUAUCCGAUUUCCUGAACAGUUUAGCAAUUGAGCUUCCAAUGCAUUCGAUGCCUUUUCCAGUACCUUCCACACCCUUUUCAAUCAGUUGGUUAUCCCUUGUGUAAUUCGAUGCCGCGAGCCAUCUAGAUGCAAAAAAUUCUCUAGUAGUGUGAGGCAAGAUGCCGGUUACUUUGUCGACAGUUUCCUUGCUUCUCUCCAGGUAUUUAUUUUUGUCCUCGAUUUCGUCUGCCUUAUCUUGAACGGUUUUUGUCAUUUCUCCAAGCGCUCUGGCCGCGUCACCAGCCCCAUUCUCCUUUCGAACGGCAUACGCCGACCCGAAUCCAAGCAAUGCAGACAACAAUGGACCUCCAAAGAUGAAGCCAACGAUCGCUCCACCUACACCUGCAGGCUUGACCAAAUGUUUCUGUUCCUCUUUGACCAGCCUGGUUAUGUCUAUCUUUUUCUCCUCUUGAUGGCUACUGCUGUCGAUCGACUCGGGUUCCACAAGCGGAGUCGUCUGCGACCAUUCGUCAUCGAGGACUGAUUUUUCUUUCAAUGUCAUUGUGAUUUUGUGUUUAUUUUUUUUCUGUGUUGAUUUGUUCGUUUAUCAAAUUAUUUUUAUGAGAGACAAUGGUGAUCAUCAUUUGUUUCUUCCGUGGUCCUCGGUUCGGAGAAGUACCGGCAAACAUAAUUUUUCACCGAUUUCUUGCGGUUUUAUUUUGUCUGAGCAGUUUUUGGGUGUUAUGGUCCCCCACGACUCAAUAGUCUCGUUCCUUUGCCUUCGUCAAGUCGAUACAACGUAAAGAGGGAAAUUCUCAUGAAGAAUUUUACCAUGAGAAGUAUGAAGUAAAGUACGGUAUCAGUACGAGUACUUGGUCGUACCCGAACAAUACAUGUCAGUGCUUUCAAUUUUCAACGCGUUUGCAAUUCGCACUCUCCAUUCACGACUAAAAAGUUACUGUUCGUACGAUACCGUACCCCAAGUAGGGUACCGUACGAGUACCGUACUUUGUCCACUACGACUUGAAUUGAAGUACUCGUACUCGUACUCGUACUGUAGUACUUCAUUACAGUACUUGUACCCUACGAAGCUACUUAUAGCACGGUACUCGCGUUCACUACUUCAGUUCCUAUCAUACUAUCGUACGAACGGUACAGUACAUGAACUCCAUGAUUGACUUAUUUGACUCAAUCUGUUCAGGUUUCGUACAGUAGUUUUUCAGUAUUUCCGUUCCGUGCUGCUUCGAGUUUACAGUAUCCCGUUCUAUUAAUUCUUCCAAAUUUCUCUCAAAAAACUUGAAAAAUGGAAAAAACGAAAAAAACUUUGAAGCGCUUCUCGCUCCGGGAGUGCCGGUAAUCAUCGAAUGAGCACCUCAAAAACUAUUGAUGAGAUCGGGCCCACGAAUAGCAACAUUUUUCCGAAGCCUAUGAGCUAUAACCAUGUCGAAUUGGAUGACGUCAGGAAGUGCCCGUUUGAAAGCGAAGCAAAAUAGCUCGUUUUCACGAAGGGCGCGACAGCGAGCUGCCGUCAUUGCUCCGGAGGCAGUGAUUCUACAAGAGAGAGUGCCAGCAAGUCGUUUGCCCAGGAAAAAGUUGAGACAAAACGAAGGUGCGUUGCCAAGAAAGUAAACAUUGAACUUCAAUCUGGCGUUUGAAUCUCUAGAAAUACUGAGUACCGUUGGAUAUGAACGAGUUCGUUAGUUCAUCUACAUUUUCACAUGAUUGAUGUAUUGUUUUCAUGCAAAGCGUUGCAUCUCAUUCACGUGACCUGGUGAUAAAUAUUUUUAUAAAAUGAUGCAUCUCAUCGCAUUAUUUACAGCAAAAAAGAGGUAUUCGAGUGGGAAUCCUAUUGCACGUCGUGGUGUUGUUGUGUCCAUCGGUAGCGCUAAUAUUGGCGAUCAACGUCUGACCCUUGAUCAACUUGAAUCCGAUUGUCCAAGCGACGUGAUGGUAUCAAAAAAUUACUUGGAAUGCUGUGCCCAAAUCAAUCGCCAGCCGAUCCCGCAAAGGAAACGGAUUCGGGAUGCUGGUGCGAGGUAUCGUCGUCUUUAUUCUGGCCCAGUGAGAAAUAUAGGCCAAAAUUUACAGAGCAAAGACGUUUGCAAUAGCAAUCAGCGCACUCCACCUCGUGGACACCAGACAUCGAUUGCCAUUCAGUAUGUUGGUCAAAACUAUUCUCAUCAUAACAUCAACACAAUGCAAGGAAUUCAAAAUGACAAUUCAGCACAAGACACCUCCAAUAAUUUAUUAAUGCCUCAUUUUCCAGCACACACAGCCGACGGAAUCUACAGCAACAAUCCGGUGCAGGAAGCUUCUGACCAAUUGGUAACCCGAAAGUUUUCAGGAAAUGGAAUAAUGAGCCCUAAACAUAUUAGUCAGUCAUCGUCCAUUGAGAAUUGCAGAGUUGAUAACUUCUUUACUCAUAGACAAUUGCAGAUGGAUUGGGAGCACCGCCCAGAAAUGGAUGAAAGUCUUACAAGCCACCCUUGCCAAGCUCUGUUCUCACAGGAAAGAAAGCCAAAAUGCAUAGGGUUUAAAAGAUUUCAAAACCCUGCUAUCGAUGACAAGGACAUUUUCCUCCAUUCCGAAAGGGGUGACACUGGUUUUCUUAGGCAUGAUUCGGAAAUUAUAGGAUACAAUGGAUUGGAUGAUUUCAAUGUCUCGAACAAUGAGAUAAGCGAUAGUCAACGAUCUGUUGAAGGAAAAGGCAUCCCUCUAUAUCAACGUCCAGAAUCCAAAUUAGAUUUUCUUGAGGCUACAGAAGCCAAUAACAUGUGUGUCUGGAAUGAUGAGUAUGACAACGCGAUCUCCGAAGAGCGAAAAUUGACAUCGAAAUUAAAGUUGGAUACAGUGGCAUCUCAAAAUCAUCUAGCUCGUCGAAUGAGCGACACAACCAAUGAAUUGAUUUCGCUUAGAGGGCCGUCCUUGCGGUCACAUGGUGAUGUUGGCAUCCKUAGAUUCAAACGGAGGCGAAAAAAAAUCAGUUAUGAAGAAAGCUACGAAUCAUCUUCACAGAGGCAAAUUCAACCGAGAGAAAUGCCAUUGGGACGUGGUACUCGUACUUUUUCAGAUAGUCACGACCAUCAACUGAAAUCGUCACCGAGAGCAUUGCGUUUUUUUAACGAUGAAAACGAGGUUGAUAUUAUUGGUACUCCGCUGAGUGCAUUAAAAGCAACUGAGAGGGAGCUCAUGUUUGAUACAAAUGAAAUAGAACACAGAAAAAAAUUGUCAGUGCGGAUGGAAACAAAAGGUCAUCGAUCAGUUCAAGCAACCAAUACAGACGGAAACAAGUUGAUAAAACACCGCUGCAACAGCCAUCACCAUCUUCGCCCGAUACAAAUUACUUGAGGGGUACUACAUUCGAAAAUAAGUCCACGUGGAACUUUUUUCGGUGAGGAAGGACUGGUACCUUCUUUGAAGGGUAGACAUCAUCUUCUGGGAAGAUCAGUCGAUACCAUGGGAAGUUUUUUCAUUAUUAGAAGGGGGGGGGGGGCGGGAUGUAGGCUCAACAAUCUAAUUAUAUGAACA